AUGGCGGUACCUCUAGAUGAUCUCACUGCGAUUUUCAACGAGCUUGGAGAUCUAGAGAAAGGGUUUGCCCAGGUUGAGCUCGAUUCUUUGCGAAGAAAACAGUUCUCCUCACAGCCUCUCUAUUCAAAGCGGGAAUCGUUAUUUCGUCGAAUUCCGGACUUCUGGCCCACUGUGUUUGGCUCCGGACCAGAGGAGAUCCGACAAUCCUUCUCCCCGGACGACCUUGCGCUCAUCGCCUCCAUCGAGUCUUUCUCCGUUGAUCGGUACCAAAUCCAGUCGGAAACCGAAGGCGAACCUCGCAGCCUGCGAUUCACCUUUAAGUUUGGUCCCAACGAAUUCAUAGAGAAUACCACGUUGAUUAAGGAGUUCGAACAUCGCGCCGAUGACGACGGACCUGGUAGCCUAGUCUCGAAACCGGUUCCUAUCAAAUGGAAGGGAAAGAAGAAAGACCUAACAAAUGGUCUUCUCGAUGCCGCUGUUGACGUGUACAACGCAGAGGAAGCGCUGAAGCUGAAGGAUGGAGACAAAGUCGUUGAUAUCGUGGACCGGGAGGCGCUGUGGCAGUACGAAAAGCUCCGAGAAAAGAUAGUCCAGCUUGAUGAAGAUGACGAUUACCAACCGAGUUUCUUCUGUUGGUUCGGCUUUCGCGGCGCGGUCGAUGCAGGGAAGUCGAAAAAGACGACCGACGGCGAGGAUGAGGGCGAUGACGAUGAUAUUGAAGGGAUGUUGGAGGUCGAGAUCUUCCCGGCCGGUGAGGAGUUAGCCACCGCUUUGGCAGAGGAUCUAUGGCCCGAUGCCAUGGACUAUUUCAUGUCGGCUCACUCAGAAGAAACUGACUUUGACGAUGACGAGAAUGAGGAUGAGGAAGAUGACGACGAAGCUCCGGACUUGGUGUUGGUACAGGAGGACAAUUCCAGACCGCGAAAGAAGCCGCGCACCGAUUGA